AUGGACGAGAAUGGAUCUCUCUAUGUCGUUGACAAAGGAAGACAUGAAGUGAGACGAUAUCGAAGAGGAGAAUCGAAAGGAACAGUGGUUGCAGGUGGCAAUGGAAGUGGAAAUCGUCUUGAUCAACUCAAUGAGCCAACAUACGUAUUCGUCGAUCGAGAUCAUUCAGUGUACGUAUCUGAUUGGAACAACCAUCGUGUGAUGAAAUGGUUGAAAGAUACAAUACAAGGCAUUGUUAUGGCUGGCGAUCAAGGACGAGGAAAUGAUCAUAUACAAUUGUCAUAUCCUCGAGGAUUCGUUGUCGAUCAAUUAGGCGCUGUCUAUGUGGCUGAUGCAGGAAAUGAUCGAAUCAUGCGUUGGCCCAAAGGAGCCACACAAGGAAGUGUCAUUGUUGGUGGAAAUGGUCAAGGAGGAAACUCGAAUCAACUCAAUUGGCCCUUUGGUUUAUCAUUCGAUCGACACGGCAAUCUCUAUGCCGUCGAUCGCUAUAAUCAUCGAGUACAAAAAUUUAACAUUGCCUCAAAUUCUUAA